GAAUGCUGACCCUAUAUAGUCAGUACAAUUUUAAGCAGGGAAAAUUCACGAACUCAAGUCUAUACUGUUCUCUCCCUUCUUUUCUACAUAUAACAGAAGCAGCCAUGGAAACUAUUAUAAAGUCCUCCUUUCCAUCAUUUCACAUGUCAGCUACACUAACACAAGCCAACUUUGCAAAACCCAAGUUCUUGAAUUUUCAGUUUAAGACUUCCUCUUUUUCAAGAAUUCAUAAUACCCCAUCAAAAUCCAAGCUUUUCACAACCGUGUCAUCACAAUCUUCUGUUUCAACAGAUCAGUCCAUCGAACCACCUAAACCAGAGCUUGAAACUGACAGCCAAGGAGAUAAGUUUGAUUGGUAUGCACACUGGUGUCCGAUUAUGCCAGUUUGUGAUUUGGACAAAAGAGUUCCACAUGCAAAGAAGGUGAUGGGUAUUGAUGUGGUGGUUUGGUGGGAUAGAAAUGAGAGUGCAUGGAAGGUGUUUGAUGAUAGUUGUCCUCAUAGAUUGGCUCCAUUAUCAGAAGGAAGAAUUGAUCAAUGGGGAAGAUUGCAGUGUGUUUAUCAUGGUUGGUGUUUUAAUGGCUCUGGUGAUUGCAAAUUCAUUCCUCAAGCAGAUCCAAAUGGUCCUCCUGUACACACAUUCAAAAAAGCAUGUGCAGGAGUUUAUCCUAGUACAGUGCAAAAUGAUAUUGUGUGGUUUUGGCCCAACGCUGAUCCUCAGUUAAAAGAUAUUAUCACCAAGCAAAAGCCUCCCUUCAUUCCAGAAUUGGAUGAUCCUUCAUUUUCUAAAACCAUCGGAGCUGUUAGAGAUUUGCCAUAUGGGUAUGAUGUCUUGAUCGAAAAUCUGAUGGAUCCUGCUCAUCUUAACUACGCACAUUAUGGAAUAAUACCAGUAAGAGAGAACGAAGAGAAGGCUGAUAGAGAAGGAGGCAGACCAUUGGAUAUGGGAGUCCAGAAAGUAGACAUAAAUGGUUUCAUUGGAAAGACAAAUGGUUUCCCUGGACAGAAUGAUUGGGCCAAUUGUAAAUUUAUAGCACCAUAUAUAUUUUAUUUUUAUACUGAUCCUAUGGAGCAACCGAAAGAAGUAUUAAUUUUCAUUUGCGUUCCAGUUAGUCCUGGCAAAAGCAGAUCUAUAUCAGCCUUUCCAAGAAACUCUUCAUCUGCAGUUUGGAUUGAUAAAAUAAUUCCGCGAUGGAUAAAUCAUAUGGCACAGAACCUCCUUUUCGAUUCAGAUUUAUAUCUUCUUCAUUAUGAGGAGCGCAAGAUCAGGGACAUUGGUGUUACCAAUUGGCAAAAGGCUUGUUUCGUGCCUACCAAAUCAGACGCACUUGCUGUUAGUUUCAGAAGAUGGUUGAACAAGUAUGCUGGUGGUCAAGUCGACUGGAGAGGCAAGUAUAGUGGAGCUCUUCCUCCAACUCCUCCAAGGGAACAACUCAUGGACAGGUACUGGUCUCACGUUGUAAAUUGUAGUAGUUGCAAGGCAGCAUAUAAAGGUCUAAAUGCUCUUGAGAUCAUCCUGCAAGUCACUUCUCUUAUUUCUAUCUGUAUUGCCGCUGUAGCCAAAGAAAGUACAAUGUCUAUGACCGCUAGAACUACGUUAGUCGCUAUUACAGUAGUAUGCUUCGCAAGUGCAAGAUGGUUGGCUAAUUUCAUCUACAAAAACUUCCACUUUCAUGAUUAUAAUCACGCAUUUCGUUGAUGUAUUUUACUUAUUAUUUGGCAUUAAAAAGUAUUGUAUAAGCUAAUAAGCAGAUAUUCUUAUGUGCAAAAUAAUAUAUCUAUGGUCUGUGUUUUUUGUUUAUUUA